AAAGACUGAAAAAGUAAAAGAAAAGACAUGAUCGAUGUCGACGCUGCUAGGAAGAUCAAUAGCGAGAAAUUUAAUUGAUAGUUAGUGCGUCUGAAAUUAAAUUUAAUUGAUAUUCUCUUUGUUAGUAAGAUCAAGGUAAUAAGGGUCAUGGGUGCAGGGGUGUAUUAUCAGUCCGUCGCUUUGUCCCUCUCUCUCUAUCCCUCUAGCUAGCCUACCUGGCACUCGCAAGGCCAGACCUAUGGCUAUGGGCUAUGAGUGACAAGUAAAAACAAUAAUCGGCAUUGGAUUGGUGGACGAGGUGGUGAUGGUGAAGUCACUCUGGCAGAUUUUGGUCUCGUCUGGGCCUACCUGUUGGUUUAUUAAUUUGAUCAUCUAGAUCUACAUCUACCGGUGCUUAACACUUAGAUCUAUCCAGAUCUACACAAUGCUGUAAAAAAUAUUUGCUGACGAACAUCAAGAAUUAAAGCGAAAAAGGUUGAUGACAGGUAGAAAGGAAGUAAAAAAUGGUUGGCCGCCGGAAUUCAUUGUCUGUGACAAAGCGAAGUCUUCGCAAUGCAGAAUCUGUUGUUGAUAGAAGACCACGUCGUGUAGUCCAGUCAAAACUAGUGGAUGACACUGUUGGUCUGUCUCGCCAAGAGGAACAAGAGCUUAAUAAAGCUCUGUAUGCCUCAUUGCAAGAAAAUCGUCGCAAUAGGUUAUUUCUUGGUAAUGAUAGCAGCAGUAAUAGUACAAGCAGCAAUGGUGCUAACACUAGCAAGGCAAGUAGUAUCAGUCACAAGAGCAGCAGUUCUAGAACAUCUAGCAAUUUGAGAUCUGACAGAAGUUUUCUAGGACAGAGGAGGUCUUUACGCACUGGAACACUUUCACCAAAACACAAUCUAAGGCAGACUUCAAUGUCAGCCCCAAGACUUAAAAAAAGUGCUAUAUCAGGUUCCCUCAAACGGAAAUCUUCAUCUGAUGUUUCAUCUAACAUAAAUCUGGAUGAAAGUAGUCAAGAUUCUGUCAGAUCAUCAACCAGCUCUGCCAAUGGUUCCAAAAGGAAAAUCCAUGCGCAACGUAAAUUUGCCCAAGGCUGUUCGUUGCCAGGAACACCAUCCUGCACUCCAGUCAAGUCUUCAACACCACCAACUAAAGUGAUGUCUUUUCGAAUUCCUAAGACUGAAGAUUUCCUAACCUUCUUGUGUCUUCGAGGAUCCUCAAUUUUGCCCCCUCAUCUAGAUUUUUUUAACUACUCCCGUGAAGAGAUGGCUGCCUCAGAGGCUGGUUCUAGGACAGCUUCUGCUGGUAAAUCAAAAAGCCAGAGAGAGAGCACACCGGACUCCACUAGCACCAGCAGCGGUGCUAAUGAAGAAGUGGCAGAGGCUGCAAGUAUGGCAACCCCUUCACCUACUGGCCGGGGUAGCACCAGCUUGUUGGCUAAACGUUCAGCAGCGCGAGCCAGCGCUGGCACACCAGAAACUGCUCGUGGUAUCGUUAGCCUCAGGCAAGGCCUGCAGCGCAAGGUAUCCACUUCUUCUUCUUCAUCGUCGUCAGCUCGUUUUCCUGUCUCUUCUCCCUCUCGCUCGUUCAACAUAUCUCGGCUUACUAACAGCACACCACCGUACCGCAAUAAGUUCUACUUUACUCCUGAGAAGUCUCCUUCACCAUCUAAAGCCAGUGGCAUUCGACGAGGCGAGUUUACCCCUCCAUCUUUGUUUACAUCGUUGCAUUCAGACUCGUCAUGUUUUUGCAAGUCACACACAUUUUCACCUUUAGUGUGUUCAUCCUCUUCAAAACUGAGCACACCCAGCCCUCGGUCUGGCCUGUUGACCAGUCGGGGCUCAACGUCUUCUUCCUCCACGUCGCUGUCAUCCUCUUCAGGUGCAUCUAAGAGAAAACAUGAGGCACCUGAUGACUGUGUUGCUGGCAAGAAGAGAGCCGCAGGUGGGGCCUUCACACCUGUAGCACCCAGUCCUGGCCAGGUGCGUGGAUCAGCAGGCAGGCUGACAGGCACUAAAAGAGCGGGGAGGUCUGUGCUAGAUGCCAGCAAUGCUCGGAGUGCCAGGAAAAACCUGCUAGAUAAACUCAGCAGUGUGGAGAAGCAAGAUCCAAACAAAGUCAACCACAACAAAAAAUGGAAAGAUGGAGCCAGAAGAAAUGGCAUCAGGUUAAAGGAAUCAAAAGUUGAGAGAAAGGGUGGACGUUUAAGUGCAGCACGGCAAGCUAGGAAUAAAUUGGUCAAGCGGGUAGAUAAAGAAACCAAGGCCAAACGUAGAAUAAGUCUGCGGCUGAGGAAAAUCACCAGGUCUUUCAAUGGUAGAGUGCACAAGUCUGACUCAGAUGAAGACAGUGUGGAAGAAAGAGAGGAUAAACAAGGGAGUGAAUCAGACAAAGACUGGGUGGAGGCGGGGAGGAAAGCUGGAGGAUUGAAGGCAAGAAAGCCGUACAAGAUCCGUCCUCUAGAGAGGGUGAGGACCAGGGGCUAUAGCCUGCUGCUGGCCUCUAAGCUGGCCUUAAGGAGGGCCAAACGUGAGCAGGCUGCAGUCAAAGGUAAGGCACCACCAGCCCCUCAGCGAUCAUCCAAGAGGGAGGAUGAGGUGGCUAGGUCAGCCAGUAGGAGGGACAGCCCAGAGGGGGUCAGGAGGUCCAGUAGUGAUGGGGUCAGGAGGUUCAGCAAUGAUGGCCACACCAGCCAGGAGCCCAAGAAAACUAAGAGGAGGAAAAGCACAGACUCGCUCACACAGCAAAGAGAUUCUAACCCCACUACACCAAAGAAAACCCCACCAAAAAAAGCCAAGCUGUCCUCCUCCAGCUCAUCCCCUCCCCUCCCAGCACAUGAGGAGAACAGCAUCCCAACUUUCCAGCCCACAGAGUCAGAGUUCACAGACCCCCUGACUUACAUCACUAAAAUACAACAUUUGGCUGAACCCUACGGCAUGUGUAGAAUUAUUCCCCCUGCCAGCUGGAAGUUGGACAGCAACAAAAUCAGUGAUGAUGUGCGCUUCACCCCCCAAGUCCAGCAGAUCCACAGAUUGUAUAAAAGGUGGGGACCUAAUGUUCAACACGCAGCAGCAAUCAACCAGCACCUGUUGUCUGAAAACUCCAACAUCUCUACCACACCCCAGAUUGGAGGUGUACAGAUAGAUCUACCUCAGUUGUAUCACCUUGUUGAGGAGUCAGGUGGGCCAAAGAAAAUGUCUGACAAAAAACAUUGGGCCAGAGUAGCAGACAUUAUGAAUAUUCCUAAACAGGCCAUGGAUAGGACAGUGAGACUUUAUGAUAUUUACUGCCAUCAUGUCUUUCCCUAUGCAACCUUGUCAGAGCAAGAAAAGGAGCAACUAGAAGAAGAGGUCAAGGCUAUUUAUGAAUUGCAAACUGUUGAGGAUGAUGCAAUUACCAAGGGCAAGUCCAUGCCGGUCAGCUGGUUUAACAGAAUAGCCAGGAAUGUCCAGUCAAUGUGGUUUAAAGAUGAGCCAAGUCCAGCCCAAGUUGAAUCUCAGUAUUGGCAGAUUAUUGAUGAGCGGACCAAGCAUGUGGCUGUACAGUGUGGACAUAUCAACACACGAGCACAGGCCAGUGCAUUCCCUACAAGAAAAGACAGCGCUUACUCCAGGCACCCAUGGAACCUGAACAACAUCCCAGAGAAUGAGAGCUGUUUGCUCAAGUACCUGGGCCCUGUGGCAGGCAUCACCAUCCCCACGCUGCACAUGGGCAUGCUGUUUUCUACGUCCUGCUGGUCCACUGACCCACACAGCCUGCCAUACAUCCAAUAUCUUCACUCCGGCGCUGACAUCAUCUGGUACUGCAUUCCAAAGUCUCAACGUUCCAAGUUCCGUACAGCCAUGCUAGAGCUCACACCUUCCCUGCUCAACAAUAAGCCGAGGUGGCUCAAAGAGGAUUGUGUAAUGGUGAACCCUGCCUUGCUGAAAGAACAAGGUGUAAAAGUGGGCCGAUGUUUACACAGCCCCCGUCAGUUUGUUGUUGUGUUCCCUGGGGCCUACACAGCCACCAUCUCUUGUGGCUACAAUGUGUCUGAAAGUGUGCACUUUGUUGCCUCCACCAAGUGGCUCCCUACCGGCAUGGAAGCUUCUCUGGCACUGACCAAGAGUGGUGAGAGGGAGCUGUUCUCUAUGUGUUCCUUGUUGUGUGGCCUAACACAGGACAGUAAAGUGGACGCCCCAACAUUGACCGAGGCUCUGCCCUUGUUCUCCUCUCUGGUGUACAAGGAGCUGGACAUGAGGACACAGCUGUAUGCUGCUGGCCUCCGGACAGAAAAGCGUUCAGUGUUUAAUGAGUACACACCACCAGGCCCCAGUACAAGCAAGAAACGUCUGGCUGUGCUAGAGAACGAGAAAGUCUGUGAGCUCUGUGACAGGAUCUGCUACCUCUCCAUGGUAUUGAAUGAACAGGAUGAGCAGGUUCUAUGCCUAGAACAUGGACUCAAACAUGUUCAAAAGAAAAAGAAUUUAAAAACCACUCGACUUUUUUUGCGUUAUAAUCAAACUGAAUUAGAAUCUAUGCUGAAGAAUGCCAAAGACAGGUUAACUCUUCUAACAUCAAAAACAGAACAAGCAAUUUCUUCUACUGGCAGCAAAAUCAAAACAAACACUAAGCAGACAACACAAUAGUCUUAUUUUUCUUGCUUCCUUUGAAUUCCACUUUUUUGUUAGUUUUGGUGGAAAUUUCUGACUUUUUUUUUUUUAUAAAAAAUUUUUUUUUUUGUUAGUUAAAUAUUGUUUUAUGAAGUUGAAUAUUAUUUUGUAUAUUUGAGCUUGAUGUAAUGUGUGAAAAUACAUUACUGAAUUGAUGUAAUGUAGUUUAAAACAAAUAAUUCCUGAAAUCUGUGGAUCCUUCAAUAUACCUCAAACUUGUUUGUAUUGAGUUUAUGUACUUGAUAUUUCUUAGAAUGUAAAACUGCAGCAUUUGUUUUAAAGAUCUUAAUUUUGUAUUUACAGCCUAAUUGUACAAAUGUGUUGUUUUUUUUAAACAAGUUUUUAAAUAUGCUCAGUUAAACAAAACAGUGAGAUUCCUAUGAAGUUUCUUUUGCACCUGUUACUAGCUUUAAAGGAUGAAAUUUUUGUAUAAAACAUUGUCUUAUCUUAUUGUUAAUGUAAUGUAACCUUUUUAAAGCUAGAGACCAUUUUAAUCAUUAAUAUUUAAAUUUUUAGAAGCAAAUGUAUUGGUUUACAUUUUGUUAUUUAAAAUAAAAUAAUCAUUUUAAUGGGGCCUUAUUAAUUGGCAAUGAAAUGUUGUCAGUAAUGUGAGGAUUGUUGUAAGAUUCAAGAACUCAGUAUUUUUGUACCAGCAUAACUCACAUUUCAUUCAUAUGACCAUUUGUUCAUGUGAAAAUAGAUAUUGAAUCAAGUGCAAUUUGCCAAAAGUUAAUUUAAUGGAAUGAGUGUAUUUUUUUUUUAAGUUUGCAUAAAAAUAUUGAAUUUUCAUUUAUCUUGAAAUUGUUUUAUCUGUACAGAAAUUUUGAUACAUUUUAAUUGAACAAUUGACAGUGCUAGUCAGAUUCUUUAUUUGUGUCAUUUUUAUAUUCCUUUUUCUUCAACAGUAAAAUUUAGUUAGGAUUUAAUUUAGUGUGCUGUUGAAUAUCUUUUGUUGUCAUGGCCCUCUCCCCUAAUCAACUGGUAUUGUCUCAUUGAAGUAAAUGAAACCAUUUUCUCAUCUGUCACUCUCCAGUAAUCACUAACUUUUUUUUUUAUGACUAUGUUAAGAUUUUUAAUAGAAAAAAAUAUUUAUUUUUAUACAAUUUGAAACUGAUGUAUAGAUUGUAAAUCUGAAUUCAUGUUAGUAAAAAAUUUAUUACAACUA